GUAAAAGUUGUCUUUGAAAACUUUUCUAAAUAACAAACAUCAAUUACGCGAUCUAGUCGUAAAAGCCGCAUAAGUCAUUCCGACGUUCUACAAACUUGACACGCUAUUAACGCUACGAGAUAACGUACGCGUCCUCGGAACAAAAAAAGAAAAUAGGAAAUAGCCUAAUUGACCUAAUGACGACACUGAAUGAGUAAUGCUAAUCACACCCUUCGAGAGCUGGCGCAUCGCCUGCAUAGUCAAAAAAAUUUAUCGCCGGCCUGCCUGAACUAUAGGCAACAGGGCUAUAAGUAAACUAGGCUAAGCUUGGACUGUGUAUGCACGACAUAGGACAGUAUUUCACAAAGAUAAGAUUGUAAAGUUAAACACCUGUUAUUGAACUAUGACCUACACGUCUUUAAAGUGCCAAUCGCUUUCUUGAUCUUGUUGUACGCAAAAUUGUUCACGCGUUAACGUCCCCCCAUAUAGCGUACGCAGAAGGUCACAAAACAUCGAAAACUCUAAGCCUCGUUACUUAUUCAGCGCCGCAUCGCUGCUAAAAUCAUUCCAUCACCGCAGCUUAUAGUCUCGAAGGUGAGCUCGCCGCGUUAAAAGGAAAGAAAAAAAAUCAGUCGACUCACGAUCGCACCCCUACUCUCAAUUAAUUCGCUCGCAUGUGUGUAUACCGCGCGCAGGAAUCGUUAUACGACCAGACAUUAAAGCGAGGCUCUCGCGCCUCGGCGGUGGCAUAAUGACAAGCCCCGCGUAGUGUAUAGAGCGACAAUCGGAAGUAGAGAAGCCGGUCAGCCGGGGAGGUGUGUAUCGACCGACGUCGUAUAAGCUACCCGGUCACCGUGCCGUAGCUAUACAGUGGCUGGAUAUCGAUUAUUUCGCGGAGCUCGACUCGCGAGUCCGGGCUGCUUGUCUUUUAGCCGCGAAACGCCAAGUCGCGUAGUCCUUUCGCUGGAGGAUCGACUCGCGCUGCUUUUGUUUUAUAACGUCUGUUCGGUUUGGAUAGUUGUGUAUAGUUCGAGUGCGGAUUCGUAUGUGCUUCGUGACAUGACGUGAUCUGGAAGUUUGAAUUUCAAUAAGGAGCUGUUGAGAGAGAGAGAGAGAGAGAGAGAGAGAGAGAGAGAGAGAGACGGAGGUGCUUGCUUGUACUUCGUGACGCGAGCGGUUGCGAAUCUGUCUCGCUUGCGCGUCAGUGGUUCUCGACAAGAUGAUAACGUGGCUGUUUGUGGUGAAGUUCUUUGGAUGAUUCGAUUGCGUACGUCGCUGGGAAUAAUAGUCGUUGCCCUCCAGCCGACAGACCAAACCAACGCCGCUGGGUAAAAGUAUGGUGUUGGGAGUACUAUGGCGCGCCUGUCGUACGAGUGCGACAACUCGACGAAGAGCGGCGAUGACGAGGACGUGGUGAGCAAGCCCUUUCCCUGCGCACCGGACAAGUACUGCUUCUACUGCUGCUGCAACCCCCAAUGCUGCUACGUCAUACAGAAGCGGCCUCUCAAGCACUUCUGGGAGGCCUGGUACUUCUGGCUCGGCAUCGCCCUCCUCGUCAUCAUCGUACUCUCCACGGUGGGAACGUACGUCGUGACCAACUGCAAGCAGAACCUCCAGGCCAUAGGCUACGGCGACAACGGCCCCAGCGGUAACAACAACGGCCAGAACAAUAAUCGAAUCUCAGCGUCCGGCAACAACACCGAGCAGCAGCAGCCUAACAGGAACGAAAUUUCCAUAAACAUAAUACCGACCUCGGCGGUGCUGUCGACGCACAGGAAAAUUAUGCUCAUCGCCCCGCAGCCGAGCUGCACUCAUCUGACGCCGAUCGUCGCAUGACCCCUAGCCAUUGGUCUUCGAGACGAAGCCCCAUCAGCGCGCAAGAACCUGAUGCAUCUUCGGACGACCUUCCGCGGCUCGUAAACACCGACAAACGAUGCCGCGCAAUUACCAGAGGAUCCUGCGAAAAAGCUGCGCAGUGCAAACAACGCAAAGGAGGAGGAGAAGAAGAAGACAACAAAGCAGCGACGGCUGCUGUUAUAGCUUUCGUCGUUAAAAGUCCGCGGGAGUGGCCUGUGAUCACGAACGCGCGCGCCUCUUUCACUUUGCGGCCGAUUCUUCGCCGUUGCCGCGCUUAUUCUCCUCGCUCGUAUAACCUGGGAAGAAGAAUAAGGGGAGCUGCGAGCGAGUUGGCGAAGUUUUCUCGAGAUUGCGUUAUGGGCGAAGUGGUAGAGCUUUGUUUUGUGUGUAAGGUAGGAGUUGAAUUUUGAAAGGAUUGUCAUUUUUCCCCCGAGAUUUGACUUUUGAUUGUGAUUUGAGAAUUAUUGCGCAAAGCAAUUUCGUUCUUCAUUUUUCUGCGGGUUUAUAAUUCUGAUGAGAAAUAUUCUGCUGAUGUUCUUAAAGUAAUUGUAUUUGCGAUGUUUACUCGUUACUUUUAACGUGAUUUAUGCUUGAUUCUACGUGUGUAAUAUUUUUUUUUAUGAAAGAUUUUGAUAAACGUAUAAUUUUUAUGCGCAAGUCGAUCUAACAAGUGAGCCGUUGCUGUUCAAAAACAAUUGACUCGACAAACAAGUGCAAAUCAACCGAUUGGAUAAAUCUAUAUACAGCAUCGAAAAUUACUACGAGUAUUUUAACUGUAAGCUAUAUUUGUAAAUCGAAUUCUAUAAUCGUGCUUGAGUAUAGAUAAAAAUUAUAUAAAUAAAUCUUUCAUUCCAAUCUUUACAAUCAAACUCGCUACACAGUUCGCAAUGAGAUCGUCAUAAAAGCAAACGUCCGCGAACGAGUGUAUAAGACACCAAAGUGGCCAGACACUCGCAUACAAACUCUAUACUGCACUCCUUGGCGAAAAAAAAGAUCAAGUGCACCGAGAGAGAAGCAGCGCACGGGGAGUUAAUUAAAGGUGCAGUAUCUAUAGCGAAGCAGUCCGCGCGCGAGCGACGAUGGAAAUGCCGAGGAUCUCGUUCCCUUCGCCUUAUCUCGAUGCGACCUUUAUCCGCGAGUGCAGCCUCGACAUUUAUGUAUAAGUCUUAUCAGAUUAUCUGCGCGAGUACACCGAUUUUUUGCGGAUCCGAAUUCUCUAUAUACGUGCCGAUGCCCUUGUAUAUGUGGGUAGAUGGAUUUUUUGUUGAGGUAUUUUCAAGUUCGAUUGAAAGGUGUGGAUUUUGACUAUGUACUAUAGUUUUAAAUAGCCAACUACAACAAUUGCUAUUACUUACUAAGUCACGCAAUUUUCAAGUUUGAAGCAAGCUACUUGUACUUUCGUAAGAAUAUUAUAUAGAUCGAGCUUGUAGAAAUUAGUUUUGCGACCAGGAUAUUUUUUUACAAAACUAUAAAUCAUGGUUUACGACUUCUUCUACAUAAUAACUCUAUUGAAUGCGAAUGCCAUUGAUUUCUAUUGAAUUAAUCCAUUGUAACGCAACACAGCACGUAAUGCGGAGAGCUGAGCACCGUGUUUAGAAGCAUGUGUCAGAAAGUCUAGAAAUGAGGGGGUGAUGCAACGAGAGAUCGUGAGCGCACGAGACAGAGAUAAGCGCGAGAGUGAUUUCGAAUGUCCCUCGUGUCAGUGUAUGCGUGUGUCACGCUGUGCCUUACAAUAUACUUGCGCUGAAUUAUCAGGACAUUGUUGUGUCUUUCGAAAAAAGCGCUGCAUUUUGCUAUAUAGAUACGCUGUUCUUUUAAAGUGCACUUAUGUAUUGGCUUUUUUUCAGAAUUGUGAUAGAAUUUCAGUAUGUUGUGUGUGCUGAAGUGAAUGAUUCUAUCGGUUUACUCUGUAUGUAUAUUGACGGGUUAUGAAAAUUACCAAAGCUUAUAUAUGAUUUAAUGUCUUAUUUUAAGAAAAAAUAUAUCAAUAUGACUUUGAUAAAAUAUAAUAUAUAACGACAUAUCAUUACAGAUUUAAUUUUUGUAUCGGCAACAGUUUCGUGAGUUUUGUGCUAAUGAAAUAAAUAUUAUUCUGCAUUAUAUA